AUGACCCGGUUUGUACUGGUACUGCUUGCACUUGCUGUGCUCUCCCCUGGGGCCUGUGCGUUGUGGGACACCACUGAGAUGUUCCUGAAGACACUGGAUUCCGAGGGGUUCCUCUCAUACUUUGGCACCGAAAACAUCUCAGCCUCUGACAUUGCAUUGACAAACCUGACAUGUACCUGUGAGGAUACAUCCUGGACACCACUGUGCUCUGCCACCCUUUGCACCCUUCACUCCCACCUGGGAAAAUAUAGCUUUACAUUCCAGGAGAAGUACCGGCCUGUCACUGCACAGCGGGUUUUAAAUGCUUCUAUGCACCACCUCAUGCAAUUCCCAAAGUCUUGUGGGUCAAUCGGGACUGCGCUGUACCCCCAUGGGGCGAGAUCUCUGGUAACUUUCUGUGACGGACAGCUGCGUGGGUUUAUCACGACGGACUUUUACCAUUUCUUUAUCCAGCCGCUAAAGAAGAGGCAUUCUAUGCAGAGACAAGGACUUUCAGACCUUCAUAUAAUGUCCAGAGCAGAAAUUGCACACACAGAUUCACCAAAACACCACGAAGCCCAUCACCUGUCAAAAAGAGCGGCUGUCGGGGUUAAACAUCUGGAACUCCUGGUGGUCGCUGGUUAUGACGUCUAUCAGUUUCAUCAGGAGGACACGGAAAGAUAUAUCCUUACCAACCUAAACAUUGGGGCAGAGCUGCUGAGAGAUGUCUCCCUCGGAGCCUCAAUCCGCGUCCAUUUGGUCAAGAUGAUCAUUCUCACUGAGCCAGAGGCCAGCAUCCAGAUCAGUCCCAACCUAACGUCAUCUCUGAUGAGUAUGUGUGAAUGGAGCAGGAAAAUCAAUCCUCAGAGUGACUUUGACCCCCAGCACGCUGAUCUCGUCCUCUACGUCACCAGGUUUGAUCUAGAGUUACCGGAUGGAAAUAAUCAAGUUCGAGGGGUGACCCAACUGGGUGGGGCAUGCUCAUAUUCCUGGAGCUGUGUCAUCACCGAAGACACCGGCUUUGACCUGGGGAUCACUAUGGCCCAUGAGAUUGGGCACAGUUUUGGAAUAAAUCACGAUGGGACGGAAAACAGCUGCAGAGGAAGUGGAAACGUUAUGGCAGCUGAGGGGAACCAUAACAGCGUCCAUUUGACAUGGUCGGAGUGCAGCCGUGAGCAGCUCCUUUAUUUUCUCAGCAGUAGCGCAGCAAGCUGCAUCAACGACUUACCAGCACUAGAGGACAAUAUACCAAGCCUAAAGCCUGGUCUGUAUUAUGGAGCCAACGAGCAGUGCCAAAUCGCAUUUGGGAGCUCAGCACUGGCCUGUACCUUUUCCAGGAAUGAUCUGGACAUGUGCAGCGUCCUCUCCUGUCACGUCAGCCAUGAAGAUUUGACCAGCUGCAGCCGACUCUUCAUCCCACUUCUAGAUGGCACUGAGUGCGGCCAGAACAAGUGGUGUCACAAAGGUCGCUGCAGAUCCCUGGAGGAGCUGAAUCCAGUUGCGGCUGUGCAUGGUGUCUGGUCCAGCUGGAGCUCCUUCUCGCCUUGUUCCCGGAGCUGCGGUGGUGGAGUGAUUGUGCGGAAAAGGCAAUGUAACAAUCCAAGGCCAGCUUUUGGUGGUCGGGACUGCAGAGGAGCCAAUCUCCAGGCUAAAAUGUGUAAAAUGCAGGAUUGCAGAAACACACAACUAGAUUUUAUGACAGAACAAUGUGCGGCUACAGACAACAAGCCCCUCACCCUGUCCCCUGGGGUAGUUUCACACUACCGCUGGACAUCAGCUGCUGCCUUUGCACAUGGCGAUGAGCUUUGCCAGUAUUUGUGUCAGGCACAAGGAAAUAACUUCAUGGUGCGACGAGGGGACAGCUUCGCAGACGGCACCCGAUGCGAGCAGAGCGCAGAGGCAAAUGGCAUGUUUAACAUCUGUGUAGCCGGCCGAUGCAAGGUCUUUGGCUGUGAUGGAGUGAUGGAUUCUGUGAUGGCGGCGGACCACUGUGGAGUAUGUGGUGGGGACAACAGUACGUGCAGCAAAGUUAGUGGCUCAUUUACAGAAGGAAAAGCUGGGGAGUAUUUCACAUUCCUUACUGUCCCUGUCGGAGCCAUGACACUGCGAGUGACUAAUCAAAAGCCUCUGUUUACUCACUUAGCUAUUAAAGAGAACUCGGGCUACAUUGUAGCUGGAAAGCGGAGUAUCUCUUUAAACAUCACGUACCCCUCUGUCAUAGAGGACAAGCAGCUGGAGUACAGAUUGAUUUUAACUGCUAACAAGCUACCCGGUCUGGAAGAAGUCCUUAUCGGUGGACCCACCUCCUCCGACAUUGAGAUACAGGUGUACAGAAAAUACGGGCCAGAAUAUGGAGAGGUCACCAAUCCGGACAUCACCUACAGCUAUUACAUUGCCAAAAAGGAUCAUUCAUACGCUUGGCUUCCGGUCCCCGCACCCUGUUCAGCCAGCUGUGGGGGAGGAUUUCGAAAUGUUGUCUAUGAAUGCUUUGACCACAUUCUUCAAAUGGCAGCCCAAUCCAAGUUCUGUAAUUCUUCUGAGGUUUUUGGUCCAACACAGGAACCUUGUGGAGAUGACCCCUGCCCUCCGCGGUGGCACAUAAAGGAGACCUCUGCUUGUACCGUCUUCUGUGGAGGGGGACUUAUGAGCAGGACAGUCCAGUGUGUUCAAAAGUUGCGUGACACUGAGGCCGUCAUUCCGGACUGGCAAUGUGCCCACACCUCUAGGCCGGAAGCCUUUGUUUCCUGUAACACAGAGCCCUGCCCAACGAGGUGGAAGGUAUCAGAGACCGGUCCUUGCUUAGCAAUCUGCGGCUCGGGCACAGCAAGGCGUAAAGUCUCCUGCGUACAAUCUCAGUCUGGCUUGGAAGUCAUGGUGGAUGUCUCUAAAUGCUCAAGGCAGGAGAAGCCACAAGAACAUCUUCCAUGUGUGGUCAGCGUGUGCCCUGUUGGCUGGGAGAGUAUCAUUUCUUCAGUAAAAGGAGAUUUACCUCUCAUUGACUCCCACUUUUGGAACGACACACAAGUCUUUGUGUGGAGCCCAAUACAGGGUGAAUGUUCUGUUACUUGUGGCACUGGGUCUUUGGAACUACAUUACAUUUGUGUCCAGUUUUAUUCUAAAGAAGAAGCACCUGAAAAGUCCUGCAACCAUACCCUGAAACCAGACAAGCAGCAGCGCCCAUGCCGACCGCAGAGCUGCCCGCCAUUCUGGGAGGUAGAGGAGUUGUCACCGUGUCCACUAUCUUGCGGAGGAGGAAUAAUCCCACUUUCUGUGACAUGUGUCCGAAAAGAAAAUGAUAUCUUAUACCGACUACCCCCCUCCAAGUGCAGCCACUUACCUCAUCCAGGCUUCAUGAAACCGUGCACCACCGAGCCCUGUCCUGUCCGAUGGCGCUACAAGACUGGAUCCUGUAGUGUGACCUGUGGAGGGGGAAUUUUACAACGUGUUCUCUAUUGUACUCAAGACAGUCAGCAGGGCAGUAGUGAGGAAAAAAUUGUACCAGAUAUACAAUGCCAGCACCUGCCUCAUCCUCAAGAACAGGAACCUUGCAACCAACAGCCUUGCCCACCAAGGUGGCGAGUGGUAGAGAGCACUCCAUGCUCUGCUGGUUGUGGCUAUGGCAUAUCCAGGCAGAAGGUGAUAUGUGUGCAGACAGUGGCUGGCAACGAUACGGAGCAAGACUCUGGAUCUUGUCCAUCCCAUGAAAGGCCCCUGUCUGUCAUCCCGUGCUUUAUUACCCAAUGCUUCUACACUUGGGAUGUGCGGCCCUGGACACAGUGUUCAGUCACCUGUGGUAAUGGGGUUCAACAGCGGGAAGAAUUCUGCAUCAACUCAAAAACCCACCAACAUGUAAGCCCCGCGCUCUGUGGACACACGCCAAAACCCAUCACGCUACGUGGCUGUUCUGAAAAGCCAUGCCUGCAGGAUACACAGACCGCCCAACCGGAUGCAGCCCAUAUGUUAAUGAGAACACUGCAGACCUCUGUUGUCCCGGAUCAGCAGAAACCUCAUUAUAGAGCUAUACCCUUUGUCAGCAUUAUAGCACCAGACAGGACUGGCGGGCCAGCCACGGUGGAUGGUGUGUGUGGACGGCUCUUCCUGAAUGCUUCUGCAAUAAUCAACACCUCCGGGAUUCUGGAAAACGAUUGUAUGUUCUCAAUAGGACGGCCGCUGGGAGAGAUUAUUGUCAUCAAGAUUCUGUCCAGCUCCCUUAACUGCUCAGCUGGUGAGCUAGUAUUGUUCUAUGGCAGAGCUAUGUGGAGAAAGGCGUGUACCCGUAUCUCAGCAGUCACAGUGGUAACGCGAUCGAACACAGUGAUCGUGAGACAGCGCCAAGUUCACCCCGGUAAUGGAAUUGCUCUGGAGUAUUCAACUAAACCGGCCACUCAAAGCUAUCACCAAGACUGUGAUGUGCAGCUGUUCGGGAUGCAGGGAGACAUACGAAAUCCCAUACAGUCACAGUCCGGGUCGGACUCCCCUGCUUGUCGUAUCUUUAUUGACGUGCCUCCCAAGUUUACCAUUGCAGUCCAUGCCUUGUAUAUGGACCUUGAGAAAGGGACCAAUAAGACACAGUCAGAUUACAUCCUGAUCUGGGACAUGAAAUCAAUGAAGUCCACCGCAUUCCAUGGAAAUCAUUUGUUCUACUGGGAGUCCACAGGGAGCCGGGCAGAGGUUGAAUUCAACGGUGACUUCUCACAGGACAGAGUCAGUUUCCGGGCGCAGUACUGGGCGAAGGAGAGGGGGAAGCCAACCCAGAAUGGAGAGUCUGUUGUCUGA